AUGGGUCUUCUUUCACGAAGAAAUUCAAACGACUCGGUUGCAAUACACGAGCAGUUCAGAUGUGAAAGCUCGAAAGAAUCCUCCCUUGUUUUCACAGAUUACCAAAAUUCAAAGCUUUUCCAAACCCCUUCAUUAUUUCGAGAUCACAAGGAGAAUGUGCGCAAUACGAGAUUUAGAAGUGAACUCAUACCAGAAUACAAAGACAUUGCCAAAACCUCUGAGUUGAAUUUUUCAACGAACGUUUCCACGAGUGUGACGACGGCAACUUUGGCUGACGAUACUGUGUCCGCUUAUCAAAACUCGAUUUAUUCAUCCAAUUUCGAUAACCGAAAGCAUCAGCGUAAGGUUGAUGAGGAAUUCAUAUACGAAAACGGAGCUUUGAAUGAUGAUAACACUACGCAUGUUUACCUGCCGUCUGCUCAUAGGCUUUCUGCUGAGGUACAACAUCCAAAAUUGUUUAGGAAAAUAUCGAUGAACAAGCAGACGCAAGAUCAUGAUCAAGAUAUGACUGCCUUUUAUCCCGAGUCUCCUCUUUUGUCAGUAGAAAAUCGGGAUCUAUCAACGUUCCACGUUAACUCACAUUCAAAUUUGCAGAUGAAGAUCCCGAACCAAAAAAGAGAGUCCACAAUUGAUCCGAAGUCCACAAUUGUCUCGCAAGUCAGAAAGGUUUCACAAAAGCUUUUUAGCAACAGCAAUCACCUAUAUUCCGACGAAUUUGAAGACCAGCAGCAGCAUCAGACUCGUGAUCAUAAGCCCCUAACGGAAUUAUAUGCAAAUCAACCCAAUCUACUGAACACCAUUGACAACUAUAUUUUGCAUGAAGAUGAGGAAGCGGAAGAGAUUAGGCCAUUCUUCUCAAACUCGUACGACAGGACAGCUAAUCGCAAAAGUGAUCAACGUCAAAAUUAUCGAAGACUAUUCGGAAAUAUGAACGAAAACAACGAUUAUCGAUUUUAUGGUUCGAUGUCCUUCAAAGAGCAGUUUGAUGAUGCAGCCUCUCCAUUACAUUUUAAUUCACCUCAUGAUUACAAAAAUGUUCAUUACCGACACAAUUUAGGACUCAAGAUUAUCUCAGGAGCAAUAUAUCUGAUCACAAUAGGAACUAUCUUUUUUGCAUUGAUCAAAUUAUUCAUUUUCAGGAACUUGGAUAAUCACCUUACAGAUUUCAAGGUCAACACAAUCGACAAUAUUGUUGUUAGCCAUGAACUUCUAAUUUUUGAGCUUGAUGUUCUGGCCAGAAAUCCUAACAUGCAAGACGUUUCAAUUUGGAAUAUGGAUUUAGAUGUCUUCUUACUAACAGAUAGCAAAAACCUCGACCAGACUGGCUCCCAAAUGGAAAAUUCUCCGGGGAAACAGUUUGAUGUCACUAUUUUGUUAGGAAAUUCAGGCAAUUUUGUUACACCAUUAGAUUUCCGUGGGAUUCUGAGCAGAUCAUCUAAUGCAAAUGGCAUCAUACCGACUGUACAAGAUAUCUUUUAUAAUCUCAAACACAAAGAUCAAUUGGAAAUUACUUCGUCAAGGGGUCAGAUCAAAAUAACACAACCGGGACAUGGAUUCAAAUACAAUGGCCAAUAUUUGAACGACGAACAGUGGACCAACAUAAUGAACAAUCAAUUCAAGCUUCUUGUUCGUGGUUCCUUCAGCUACCAUUUGCCAAUGUCUUCCAAUGAUGAGCUUAUGAGUGUUUCUGCGGAUGUAAAAGUAGAACCAAACUCUUCUAAUAUUAACUAA